AUGGACCACUUCGACGUCCUCAGAUGCGACCUCAACUACGCCUGCGUACCGAGUCCUCCGUGCGAUUCUGAGGUCGACCGGUGCGUUUUUCAACUUUGGGGACGCUCGCCAGUAAGCACGGUAUCCGGCUGUGGAGGGACCUCAAAUGGCCUUUCUACGUGCGUCGAGUGCGACUAUAAAUUCGAUGAGGUCUUCGACCGACUCGAAUACCCUGACAGACCUCACGGCAGCGUCACGGAACGAUACUCUUACUACGGUUCAGAACUCGUGUCGGAUGUAGAUUCCGGGGAGGACUUCUCAGAACUGUACAACUGUUCGACAUUUGACGACUGCCACUCGGCGACCACGAAUAGGUUUGGAUGUUUCGCUGAACGAGAUCCGGAAGAACAGGGUCUUCCUUGGAUGGUAGACGCAGAAGAGAUGACCUUUGUGCAGGACAGCGAUGAAUAUCCUAGGACCACACCGAGAACUGAGUGCGGUGAAAAUAAAGGAAACACUCGUAAGGAAAGGACAGCAUUCACUAAACAACAGCUACAACAGCUCGAAGCGGAGUUCCUGCACUCCAACUACCUGACAAGGCUGAGAAGGUACGAGAUCGCUGUGGCUCUGGAUCUCACCGAGAAACAGGUGAAAGUGUGGUUUCAAAAUCGAAGAAUGAAGUGGAAACGGACCAAAGGAGAAUUAGUCAAUGAACAACAACCCAUUCGGACACUGAAAACAUCUGGAAAACAGACCAAGAGCUUUGCUACACCAAAUUUAAACCACAUCCAUACAAAAACAGCCCGAACUUAAUCUUAGAUACAUAUGUUAUUACGUUUACGAUAGUAAAUAUUUAGUUAUUAAUGUU